AUGAGGUACUGGCUCACGUUCUCCACUUUACAGUUUUCUUUGUUAUUUAUUACGGUAAGCUAAAGUCAUUCUUUUUGGGAGAGAGCCUUUUUUUUGGAAUGUAAUCAUCAUUUUUCAGGCCCAAAAUUUUCUCUCGUUCAUCCAGCCAUUCUUGGGCAGUGGCUUGGAUUCUGUUGGCGGAGCCGGUAACAGUGGAGCCGGCUCCGCACUUGGUGCAGGAGGAGCGGGGCCGGCUGGUCCCGCGGGAGGCGCUGGAGGAAAUGCUGCAGCCAUUCAGGUAAAUUUUUUUGGCGUUCUUGCUUGGUAUCUGUGAAUACGAAUGGAAAAAGAGAUAUUAUAUAGAUGAGGAAAUCAAGAGCCUUCUUACUAAAGAAAUCUUUUGACUGUUUGAUAGCAAAAAAAAUAUGUAAAGGCUUUUAUUUGUAGCCAACGCUUGUCAGAUUUCUUGCUCGCUGAUUGCAGAAACGGCGGAGGUUUUUAGAUCGGUAGUUGGCAAGAAUAACGUGAUUUUUUGCGAAUGUUGGCACACACAUGUAAAAACUUUUUUGUGACUGCUCUCCGCGUUUUGCGUGCUCUUUUCGGCAAAGAUCGCUAAGCUGAAUACCUCAACUGUCCCUGCAAAGCGUGAGCUAAUACUUUCGGAAGUUGAUGUAAGGGGUAUGCCUAUUGUGUGUGCAAAAUUGAGAGGAAAUCUAGCAGUUGACUCUAACUCAUCUUCAGGCGAUUACCUCAAUGUUUGGUGGAGCUGGAGGUGCCGGAAGCGGUGACGAAUAUGGGAAUAAUCCCUUCGGAGACUUUGUAAAUCUCGGACAAGCCAUCGCGGAAGCAAGUAAAAAGAAGCCAAAGAGAAGCACGGACGAGUAUCUGGCCGAGUAUUACCUCAAGUAUUCAGACCCGCCCAAGGCUAAGGCCAAGCCAAAGGCCAAACCAAAGGCUAAGGCCAAAAAACCGGGGCCAAAGAAAAAUCGGCGCGGCCGAAACAGCCGAAAUGUCCGUGAAAUUAAAUACGACGGGCAUAGUAGACUUGGUAUGUCAUAAGGAGGGUUACUGUAGCUUGUUUCGCACUGUCUACACGCCUUUUUUUGGAAUAUUCAUGUUUUAUUGUAUAGUUUCGGAGCUUUAGAGACUUCAGUGCAAUAUUUGUCUGUACACUUUCAGUUCUUUGCACUUCUAUAUUAUUUUUGGUCGUUUCACACUUUAUUUUGCACGUUUUUUUUAUUUGAAUAAACACGCUUGCACGAAAUGCCUGCACUUUUUAUUUUUUUUUCACUGUCAAGUCGAGCAAAAUGAAGAAAUUUUAGCGAAUUCCGGAAGAUCCAAACGUCAGGCCAAUCCAUUCCAAUUAUUGACUGCAUUGUAAGUCGGAGAAUUUUUGUUUUGCGAUUUUUUGGCUAUUUUUGACCGACUUAUAUGAAGAGUAGCAACGCUAAAACGUUUUGAAACCGCGUAAUUCUUGUGGUUGCCGGAAACACACAUGCUUUUGAUGAUUUUGCGUAAAAGACCAAAGGUUUUUAUUGAUCGACCUGAGCACGUCAGUCCAGCAUAAUGAAAGCCAUUUCCUGACCUAUUAUAAAUUAAUCAAUGUGGCGUUUAGUCAAAAAAAUUGAGAAAAUUUGGUUUUCUUCUUGACUAGCCUGGCCAAAACCCUUUUUUCUGGUCGGAAAAUAACGGGGGCUUUCCGAGUUCGGGCGGGUGUUUCACGUACAAAAGAGGCACUAACUUGAGUUAGCGGACUUUUUUAAACCAAUUUUGUCCUCCAAAAAUUUUUUCCGAAAGAAUUUUGAUAUCUAAAGGGCACUGCAUUGACGUGUUGCGCUACAUUUCCCCAUGUCGACAUCUGCUAUAAUAAAAAAUUUUGCGACGUUUUUUAAAUUUAAAAUCGCGUGCUUUCGGCGUUGUGAAAUUUAAAACAUUCCCAAAUAUUUUCAAGAUUUACAUACUUCCAAAUCUUUAAAAUUACACUUUUUUUAUGCUUGCGAAAAAAUGAAAGUUUUAGGGCCCCUCGACAAAGUGGAGCUCCAGUUGGCCGUCUGACUGAUCGAUUUGGGAAAAACUUCUUCAAGGUAAAGUAAAUAUCUAUAUUUCGUAAUCUUUUCGGUUCUUCAGUUCCUCGACGAACUUCAUGAGUAUUCUCAACUACUCCCUGAUGCAAGUACACCCUCUUCCACGACCCGUAAGAAAAAUAAAAAAUAUAGCAAUUACUCUCCCCAAACUUUCUGCUUGUCCAAAUUUGACGUUGCUUUUUUAGCCCCGCCCCUUUUCCCAACACUUUUCCCGACUCCGCCGCCACCCGGCCAAACUCCGCCCCCUUUCACCCUGCUCCCACCUCCAGGGCAAACACCCCCUCCGUUCACACUACUCCCCCCUCCGGGCCAAACCCCACCACCGUUCACACUUUUACCCCCGCCCGGCCAAAGCCCCGCCCCCUUCACGCUUUUGCCCCCUCCGCCCACACCGCCGCCGCCGACACCGCUGGUCACGGUCAAAGCCGAAGGUGUACCCGUAUUUCCAGUGGUCGGAGAGCAAAAUAUCAUCGCGUCGGAUGUGGGGUUGCAGGAUCCACAGUCAAAGUAAGUUGGAAAAUGGGAAGCGGGAGGGUGCACAGUGCAGAAAUGUUUUUGGUUGAGAAUGCACUGUGCAAAGGGGAAAUAAUUUUUUUUUGUGCUGUUCAUUAUUAACCCUAAGGGAAAAUAAUUUUGCACCAAAAAAUCUUGGAUAUCAAGUAUUUUUACGGAAAAUUUUAAGUUUCAAAAUAUGCACUGUGCGAAACAAAAUCUUUCAAAAUGGCAAUGCACAGUGUAAAAAAGUUCUUGGUUGAGAAUGCACUGUGCGAAGGGAAAAUAUAUUUUUUGCGCUGUUCAUGGUUAGACAUAAGAAAAACGAUUUCACAUCGAAAAAUUUUACCUUUGAGAUGAAUAUUUUUUGCGCAAAAUUUGAGUUUCAAAAUUUGCAUUGUGCAAAAAUAAUUCUUUUUUAAAAUCUUAAAAGACGCCACUGUGCAAUGAAAAAAGAUGACAUACAAAAAAAGAAUUUUUUUUUUCGUAUUUUACACUAACCUUAUACAUUUUACCUUUUAAAAAAUGUAUAGGGUUAGUUUGCACAGUGCAAUGUAUAAAAUAUUUUUUUUGCACCGUGCAGGUCUAGAAGCCAUUUUUUCGAGAUAUUCUCCAAACUGUGCGUAUUUUACAAAACCCGAAUUUUUAAAGUUUUCACACUGCAAAAAUCGGCAAUCUAUUUCGAUCUAAAAGUCAUCAAAAGUAAUAAAAUUUUCCUUCAGAGACCUUCUCGAUGCCAACAACUUGAUGAGAGGAUUCCUCAAUUCCAUGGCCAAACUUGGAAGCAAGCCGGCCAGACAAUAUCGACCACUCAAAGCAAUGAAUGAUGGGACUGAAGCAGGGAGAAAUCGGCCUUUGAUGGAUCAAUUGUUCGAAAGUGAUAUUCUCCUGACUUCAAAGCAAAUCAAAGCGUAA